ACAGCUUCGGAGUCAGUUACUGGCAGCGUAGUGCCGUGUUGGCACGGCCCGGUAUUGUUCCCUAGCAGAUCUUCAGACCGCUUCUUCCCACAACUGCGGGGUCUUCCUGCAAACAUGUCUGACGGCGGAGGCACGGAGGAGAACUCCAGCGCCAUGGAGGUGUCGGCCGUGCACACGGUGGCGGACACGUCGGUGCUGCAGAAACACAUCAGGAAGCUGGUGCCGCUGCUGCUGGAAGAUGGCGGCGAGGCGCCGGCCUCCCUGGAGACCGCCCUGGAGGAGAAGAGCUCCGUGGAGCAGAUGAAGAAGUUCCUCUCCGACCCCCAGAUCCACACGGUUCUGGUGGAGAGAAGCGCCCUCAAAGAGGAUGUUGGAGAUGAAGGAGAGGAGGAGAAAGAGUGUAUCACCUACAAUGUCAGCAUUGACAUACACUAUGGGCUCAAAUCUAACAGCUUGGCUUUGAUCAAAAGGACAGGAGUCAUUGAUGCAGACAAACCCAUAUCUACUCAAGUUCGAGUGCUGACCCUGAGUGAGGAUUCUCCCUACGAGACCCUUCACUCUUUCAUCAGCAAUGCUGUGUCUCCUUUCUUCAAGUCCUACAUCCGCGAGUCUGGAAAAGCAGAUAGAGAUGGGGAUAAGAUGGCGCCCUCUGUUGAAAAAAAGAUUGCCGAGCUGGAGAUGGGCCUACUCCACCUUCAGCAGAACAUUGAGAUUCCUGAGAUCAGCCUGCCCAUCCAUCCCAACAUUACAAACAUCGCCAAGCAAUGCUAUGAGCGUGGGGAGAAGCCGAAGGUCACUGACUUCGGUGACAAAGGGGAAGAUCCAACCUUCCUCAACCAACUGCAAUCCGGAGUUAACCGUUGGAUCAGAGAGAUCCAAAAGGUGACUAAGCUCGACCGUGACCCGGCCUCAGGCACAGCUCUGCAGGAGAUCAGCUUCUGGCUGAAUCUGGAGAGAGCCCUCAAUAGGAUCCAAGAGAAGAGGGAGAGCCCCGAGGUCCUGCUCACACUGGACAUCCUCAAACAUGGCAAACGUUUCCAUGCUACCGUCAGCUUCGACACAGACACUGGUCUCAAACAGGCAGUGGAAACAGUUAAUGACUACAAUCCUUUGAUGAAGGACUUUCCUCUCAAUGACCUGCUUUCUGCCUCUGAGCUUGAUAAGAUCCGCCAAGCCCUAAUGGCCAUAUUUACUCACAUGAAGAAGAUAAGAAACACCAAAUAUCCCAUCCAGAGAUCACUGCGACUGGUGGAGGCCAUCUCCAGGGACCUGAGCUCCCAGCUCCUCAAGGUGCUGGGCACCAGGAAGCUCAUGCACGUUGCCUAUGAGGAAUUUGAAAAGGUGAUGGUGGCUUGCUUUGAAGUAUUCCAGACAUGGGAGGACGAGUAUGAGAAGCUGCAGGUGCUUCUGAGGGACAUUGUGAAGCGGAAGAGGGAGGAGAACUUGAAAAUGGUGUGGCGCCUGAGCCCUGCACACAGGAAGCUCCAGUCUCGCCUGGACCACAUGAGGCGUUUCAGACGGCAGCACGAGCAGCUGAGGGCUGUCAUCGUUCGUGUGCUUCGGCCUCAGAUAUCAGCGGUGCCACAGCACGCUCCCGGAGAAACAGUUGAGCCUGAAGAUAUGAAGGUAGCUGGAGUUCUCCUCGACGCUGCUGAUGCCAACGCUAUUGAAGAGGUCAACCUGGCAUACGAGAACGUCAAAGAGGUGGACGGCCUGGAUGUGUCUAAAGAAGGAAUAGAAGCCUGGGAAGCUGCCAUGAAGCGCUACGACGAGCGCAUCGACCGCGUGGAGACCCGCAUCACUGCCCGCCUGCGUGAUCAGCUCGGAACAGCCAAAAACGCCAACGAAAUGUUCCGCAUAUUCUCCCGCUUCAACGCUCUCUUUGUUCGUCCCCACAUUCGUGGUGCCAUCCGGGAGUACCAGACACAGCUCAUCCAGCGUGUGAAAGAUGACAUCGAGUCACUGCACGACAAGUUUAAAGUGCAGUAUCCACAGAGCCAGGCCUGCAAGAUGAGCCACGUCCGCGACCUGCCGCCCGUGUCCGGCUCCAUCAUCUGGGCCAAGCAGAUCGACCGACAGCUGACUGCUUACAUGAAGAGGGUGGAAGAUGUUCUCGGAAAAGGAUGGGAGAACCACGUUGAGGGGCUGAAGCUGAAGCAGGAUGGAGACAGUUUCAGGGCUAAACUCAAUACUCAGGAGAUAUUUGAUGACUGGGCUCGCAAGGUGCAGCAGCGUAACCUGGGAGUGUCCGGCCGGAUCUUCACCAUAGAAAGCACCCGUGCUCGUGGAAGAACAGGAAACCUGCUGAAGCUGAAGGUCAACUUCCUCCCGGAGAUCAUCACCUUAUCCAAAGAGGUCCGCAACCUGAAAUGGCUCAGCUUCCGUGUUCCUUUGGCCAUCGUCAACAAAGCCCACCAGGCCAACCAGCUGUACCCGUUCGCCAUCUCUUUGAUUGAAAGUGUGCGCACCUAUGAGCGUACCUGUGAAAAAGUGGAGGAGAGGUCAUCCAUCUCUCUGCUUGUUGCUGGGCUCAAGAAGGAGGUGCAAGUUCUCAUCACCGAGGGCAUCACUCUGGUCUGGGAGUCCUACAAGCUGGAUCCCUACGUACAGAGGCUGGCGGAGACCGUCUUCAACUUCCAGGAGAAGGUGGAUGAUCUUUUGCUGAUUGAGGAGAAGAUAGAUCUGGAGGUCCGCUCUCUGGAAACCUGCAUGUUUGACCACAAAACCUUCUCCGACAUCCUCAGCCGCAUCCAGAAAGCUGUGGACGACCUCAACCUGCAUUCUUACUCCAACUUACCCAUUUGGGUCAACAAGCUUGACAUCGAGAUUGAACGCAUACUUGGAGUGCGUCUUCAGGCUGGCCUUAAGGCCUGGACCCAGGUGCUCCGUGGGCAGGUAGAAGACAAAGCUGAUGUGGACAUGGACACAGAGGCUCCACAAGUCGGCCACAAACCUGGAGGAGACCCCAAGAUCAAGAACAUUGUCCAUGAGCUGAGGAUUACUAACCAGGUGAUCUACUUAAAUCCACCAAUUGAAGACUGCCGCUACAAGCUCUACCAGGAGAUGUUUGCUUGGAAGACGAUCAUCCUUUCUCUGCCCAGGAUCCAGAGCCAGCGUUAUCAGGUGGGUGUCCACUACGAGCUUUCAGAGGAGGAGAAGUUCUACCGUAAUGCUUUGACCAGGAUGCAAGAUGGUCCAGCAGCCUUGGAGGAAGCCUACAAUGCUGUCGAGGACAUCGUCAGUGAGGUGGAACAGUACGUCAAAGUAUGGCUGCAAUACCAGUGUCUCUGGGACAUGCAAGCUGAAAACAUCUACAAUCGUCUCGGCGAAGACCUCACCAAGUGGCAGGCGUUGCUGGUUCAGAUCCGCAAAGCACGUGGAACCUUCGACAAUGCUGAGACUCGCAAAGACUUUGGACCUGUGAUCAUUGACUAUGGCAAGGUUCAGUCUAAAGUGAACUUGAAGUACGAUUCCUGGCACAAAGAAGUCCUCAGCAAAUUUGGCCAGAUGCUCGGCAACAACAUGCAGGACUUCCAUUCCCAGAUCUCCAAGUCCCGUCAAGAUCUUGAGCAACAUUCUGUGGACACAGCCAGCACCUCGGACGCUGUCAAUUUCAUAACGUAUGUCCAGACCCUGAAGCGCAAGAUCAAGCAGUUUGAGAAAAAUGUGGAAUUGUUCCGCAAUGGGCAGCGUUUGCUUGAAAAGCAGCGAUUCCAGUUCCCGCCAUCUUGGCUUUACAUCGACAACAUUGAAGGUGAAUGGGGAGCGUUCAGUGACAUCAUGAAGCGAAAGGACACUGCCAUCCAGCAGCAGGUGGCCAACCUGCAGAUGAAGAUCGUACAAGAGGACAAAGCUGUGGAAAACCGCACCACUGACUUGCUCAAUGACUGGGAGAAGACCAAACCAGUUGCAGGUAGCCUGCGUCCAGAAGAGGCUCUGCAAUCUCUGACCAUCUAUGAGGGCAACUUUGGCCGUCUGAAGGUUGAAAGAGAGAAAUGUGCUCGUGCCAAAGAGGCCCUGGAGCUCACUGAUACUGGUCUGCUCAGUGGCAGUGAAGAGAGGGUGCAGGUGGCGCUAGAGGAGCUGCAUGACCUGAAAGAAGUGUGGUCUGAGCUGUCAAAGGUGUGGGAGCAGAUUGACCAAAUGAAAGAGCAGCCAUGGGUUUCUGUACAGCCUCGCAAGCUUCGGCAGAACCUGGAUGGUCUUCUGAACCAGCUGAAGAACUUCCAAGCCAGACUGAGACAGUACGCCUCUUAUGAAUACGUCCAGAGGCUGCUUAAAGGAUACUUGAAGGUCAACAUGUUGGUGAUUGAGCUGAAAUCCGAGGCUCUCAAGGACCGGCACUGGAAGCAGCUGAUGAAGCGCUUGCAUGUGAACUGGGUCCCGUCUGAACUGACCCUGGGACAGGUUUGGGAUGUGGAUUUGCAGAAGAAUGAGAUGGUGGUGAAGGAUGUUCUCCUGGUAGCCCAGGGGGAGAUGGCGUUGGAGGAGUUCCUUAAACAGAUCCGUGAAGUGUGGAACUCGUAUGAGCUCGACCUGGUGAACUACCAAAAUAAGUGCCGCCUGAUCAGAGGCUGGGAUGACCUCUUCAACAAAGUCAAAGAACACAUCAACAGCGUGUCUGCCAUGAAGUUGUCUCCUUACUACAAGGUGUUUGAAGAAGAUGCGCUGAGCUGGGAAGACAAACUGAAUCGCAUCAUGGCUCUGUUUGAUGUGUGGAUUGAUGUCCAGCGUCGCUGGGUGUAUCUGGAAGGAAUCUUCACCGGCAGCGCUGACAUCAAACAUCUGCUGCCUGUUGAAACCCAGAGAUUCCAGAGUAUCAGUACUGAGUUCUUGGCAUUGAUGAAGAAGGUGACGAAGUCUCCUUUGGUGAUGGAUGUGCUCAACAUACAGGGAGUUCAGAGAUCUUUGGAACGACUGGCUGACCUGCUAGGAAAGAUCCAGAAAGCCCUCGGAGAAUACCUUGAGAGGGAGAGGUCUUCAUUCCCCAGAUUCUACUUCGUUGGAGACGAAGACCUGCUUGAGAUCAUUGGCAACAGCAAGAACGUUGCUAAACUCCAGAAGCACUUCAAAAAGAUGUUUGCUGGCGUUUCAAGUAUCUUACUGAAUGAGGACAACACUGAGGUGCUUGGAAUCUCAUCCCGCGAGGGUGAGGAGGUGUUUUACAAGACGCCGGUCUCCAUCACAGAGCACCCGAAGAUCAACGAGUGGCUGACGCUGGUGGAGAAGGAGAUGAGGGUGACACUGGCCAAGCUUCUCGCCGAGUCCGUCACCGAGGUCACAGCCUUCAACACAGGCACAGCCAUCGACCUGAGCCAGUACAUCAAGUGGAUUGACUGCUACCAGGCCCAACUGGUGGUCCUGUCUGCCCAGAUCGCCUGGUCUGAGAACAUUGAGUCUGCCCUGACCACCAUCUCAGGAGGAGGAGACAUGUCACCCAUGGCGGGGGUGCUCUCAAAUGUGGAAGCCACUCUCAAUGUGUUGGCUGAUACUGUUCUGAUGGAGCAGCCUCCACUCCGCCGGAGGAAACUGGAGCACCUGAUCACCGAGUUGGUGCACCAGCGUGACGUGACCAGGACUCUGAUCAAGAAUAAGAUCGACAACCCCAAGUCCUUCGAGUGGCUCAGCCAGAUGCGCUUCUACUUCGACCCCAAGCAGACGGACGUCCUGCAACAGCUGUCCAUACAGAUGGCCAAUGCCAAGUUCAACUAUGGCUUUGAAUACUUGGGCGUUCAGGACAAGCUUGUGCAGACCCCACUAACAGAUCGCUGCUAUCUCACCAUGACCCAGGCCUUGGAGGCUCGCCUCGGCGGAUCACCAUUCGGUCCUGCCGGAACAGGAAAGACUGAAUCGGUGAAAGCCCUCGGUCACCAGCUCGGCCGCUUUGUCUUGGUCUUCAACUGCGAUGAAACAUUUGACUUUCAGGCUAUGGGCCGUAUUUUUGUGGGUCUGUGUCAAGUCGGCGCCUGGGGCUGCUUUGACGAGUUCAAUCGUCUGGAAGAGAGGAUGCUGUCUGCCGUCUCCCAGCAGGUCCAGUACAUCCAGGUGGCCUUGAGGGAACACAGCAACCCCAACAGAGACAGGAGUGUGCCGGUCAUGACGGAGCUGCUGAACAAGCAGGUGAAGGUGAGCCCAGACAUGGCCAUCUUCAUCACCAUGAACCCUGGAUACGCCGGCCGUUCCAACCUGCCCGACAAUCUGAAGAAGCUGUUCCGCAGUUUGGCCAUGACGAAGCCCGACCGUCAGCUCAUCGCCCAGGUCAUGCUCUACUCUCAGGGCUUCCGAACAGCCGAGACCCUGGCCAAGAAGAUCGUGCCCUUCUUCAAACUGUGUGACGAGCAGCUGUCAUCUCAGAGUCAUUAUGACUUUGGUCUCCGAGCCCUCAAGAGCGUCCUGAUCAGUGCCGGCAAUGUCAAGCGUGAGCGCAUACAAAGGAUCAAGAGGGAGAAGCUGGAGCGUGGAGAGAUUGUUGAUGAGAAUGACAUCGCUGAGAACCUUCCUGAACAGGAGAUCCUGAUCCAGAGUGUGUGUGAGACCAUGGUCCCCAAGUUGGUGGCUGAGGACAUCCCUCUGCUGUUUAGCCUGCUGUCAGACGUCUUCCCUGGAGUUCAGUACAUGCGCGGAGAGAUGACAGCUCUAAGGGAGGAGCUGAAGAAGGUCUGCGUGGAGAUGUACCUCACCUACGGAGACGGGGAUGAUGUCGGUAGCAUGUGGGUGGAGAAGGUGCUCCAGCUGUACCAAAUCACCCAGAUCAACCACGGUCUGAUGAUGGUGGGUCCUUCAGGCAGUGGGAAAACCAUGGCAUGGCGGGUGCUGCUCAAAGCCCUGGAGAGGCUGGAGGGGGUGGAAGGCGUGGCCCACAUAAUCGACCCCAAGGCCAUCAGCAAGGACCACCUGUACGGAACCCUGGACCCCAACACGCGUGAAUGGACGGACGGCUUGUUCACACACAUCCUCAGGAAGAUCAUUGACAAUGUUCGCGGUGAACUGCAGAAGCGUCAGUGGAUUAUCUUCGACGGUGAUGUCGAUCCAGAGUGGGUUGAGAAUCUGAACUCAGUGCUGGACGACAACAAGCUGCUCACACUGCCAAAUGGAGAGCGUCUCAGCUUACCGCCGAAUGUGCGUGUGAUGUUUGAGGUGCAGGACCUCAAGUAUGCCACCCUUGCCACCGUGUCUCGCUGUGGUAUGGUCUGGUUCAGUGAGGAUGUCCUGAGCACCGACAUGAUCUUCAACAACUUCCUGGCACGCCUUCGUAGCAUCCCAUUGGAUGAGGGAGAGGACGAAGCCCAGCGCAACAGAAAAGGCACAGAGGACGAGGAGGAAUCUGCUUCACCAAUGUUGCAGAUCCAGAGAGAUUCUGCAGCGAUCCUGCAGCCGUACUUCACCUCCACUGGCCUCGUGAUCAAGGCCUUGGAGCACGCUUCUAAGAUGGAGCACAUCAUGGACUUCACCCGCCUGCGCUGCCUGGGCUCACUCAUUUCAAUGCUGCAUCAGGCCUGCCGUAAUGUGGCUCUCUACAACAACAACCACCCCGACUUCCCCAUGCCUAUAGACCAGCUGGAAAAAUACAUGCAGAAAUAUUUGAUCUACACCGUGCUGUGGUCCUUCUCUGGUGAUGGACGGUUAAAGAUGAGGGCAGAGCUUGGAGAGUACAUUCGUCGCAUUACAACCGUGCCCCUCCCCACUGCUCCCAACGUACCCAUCAUUGACUAUGAGGUGUGCAUCUCAGGUGAGUGGCAGUCCUGGCAAGGCAAGGUGCCCCAGAUUGAAGUAGAAACCCACAAGGUGGCGUCUCCGGAUGUCGUGGUUCCUACCCUGGACACGGUUCGCCAUGAAGCUUUGCUCUACACGUGGCUGGCAGAGCACAAGCCCCUGGUGCUGUGUGGACCUCCCGGCUCUGGAAAGACCAUGACUCUGUUCAGCGCCCUCAGGGCUUUGCCUGAUAUGGAGGUUGUUGGUCUGAACUUCUCCAGUGCCACCACCCCAGAGCUGCUGCUGAAGACCUUUGACCACUACUGCGAGUACCGCCGCACCCCCAACGGUGUCGUCCUCGCCCCCGUCCAGCUGGGCAAGUGGCUGGUGUUGUUCUGUGAUGAGAUCAAUCUGCCAGACAUGGACAAGUACGGCACACAGAGAGUCAUCUCCUUCCUCAGACAGAUGGUUGAGCAUGGAGGAUUUUAUCGCACAUCAGACCAGACUUGGGUCAAACUGGAGAGAAUCCAGUUUGUUGGAGCCUGCAAUCCUCCCACUGACCCUGGCAGAAAGCCUCUCACACACAGGUUCCUGCGUCAUGUUCCUGUGGUGUAUGUGGACUAUCCAGGCCCCGCGUCUCUUACCCAGAUUUAUGGAACCUUUAAUCGUGCCAUGCUGCGUCUUAUCCCAUCUCUACGAACCUAUGCUGAACCUCUUACUGCUGCAAUGGUUGAGUUCUACACCAUGUCUCAGGAGCGGUUCACCCAGGACAUUCAGCCUCAUUACAUUUACUCUCCCAGAGAGAUGACCCGCUGGGUAAGAGGCGUCUUUGAGGCCCUGCGGCCACUAGAAACUCUCCCUGUGGAGGGGCUGCUCCGGAUCUGGGCGCACGAGGCUCUCCGUCUCUUCCAGGAUAGGCUUGUCGGUGAUGAUGAGAGAAGGUGGACAGAUGAAAACAUUGACAUGGUUGCUCUUAAACACUUCCCCAACAUUGAUAAGGAGAAGGCCCUCAACAGGCCCAUCCUGUACAGCAACUGGCUCUCCAAGGACUACAUCCCAGUGGAGCAGGAGGAGCUGAGGGACUACGUGAAGGCCCGUCUGAAGGUCUUCUAUGAGGAAGAGCUGGACGUCCCUCUGGUGCUCUUCAAUGAGGUGCUGGACCACGUUCUCCGAAUUGACCGAAUCUUCCGUCAGCCUCAGGGCCAUCUCCUGUUAAUUGGUGUAAGUGGAGCAGGAAAGACCACACUUUCUCGCUUUGUCGCCUGGAUGAACGGAUUGAGUGUCUACCAGAUCAAGGUGCACAGGAAAUACACCGGUGAAGACUUUGACGAAGACCUCCGUACGGUGCUCCGUCGCUCAGGUUGCAAGAAUGAAAAGAUUGCUUUCAUCAUGGAUGAAUCAAAUGUGCUGGAUUCUGGGUUCCUUGAGAGGAUGAACACACUGCUGGCCAACGGAGAGGUUCCUGGCCUGUUUGAGGGAGAUGAAUACGCCACCCUGAUGACUCAAUGUAAGGAGGGAGCCCAGAAAGAAGGCCUGAUGCUUGAUACUCACGAGGAGCUGUACAAAUGGUUCACCAGCCAAGUUAUCAGAAACCUCCAUGUGGUUUUCACCAUGAACCCGUCGUCAGAGGGCCUGAAGGACAGGGCUGCCACAUCUCCUGCCCUCUUCAAUAGGUGUGUGCUGAACUGGUUUGGAGACUGGUCCACAGAGGCCCUUUAUCAGGUGGGUAAAGAAUUCACCAGCAAGAUGGACCUGGAGAAGCCCAACUACAAGGUGCCAGAUUACAUGCCCAUCGUUUACGACAAGCUCCCCCAGCCACCGUCUCACCGUGAAGCCAUCGUCAACGGCUGUGUAUUCGUACAUCAGACUCUUCACCAGGCUAAUAACCGCCUGGCAAAGCGCGGUGGUCACACCAUGGCAAUUACUCCUCGCCACUACCUCGACUUCAUCAACCAGUACGCCAACCUCUUCAAUGAGAAACGGAGUGAGUUAGAGGAGCAGCAGAUGCACCUUAACGUGGGUCUCCGCAAAAUCAAGGAAACCGUCGAUCAGGUGGAGGAACUUCGUCGUGAUCUGAGAAUCAAGAGCCAGGAGCUGGAGGCAAAGAACGCUGCUGCUAAUGACAAGCUGAAGAAAAUGGUGAAAGACCAGCAGGAAGCUGAGAAGAAAAAGGUGAUGAGCCAGGAGAUCCAGGAAGCCGUGUACAAGCAGCAGGAGGUGAUCAAGGACAAACAGCUGAGUGUCACACAGGACUUGGACCAGGUGGAGCCGGCUGUUAUCGAAGCUCAGAAUGCUGUUAAGUCUAUUAAGAAGCAGCAUCUGGUGGAGGUCCGUUCCAUGGCUAAUCCACCUGCAGCCGUCAAAUUGGCCCUGGAGUCCAUUUGCUUGCUCUUGGGUGAAAGCACAACUGACUGGAAGCAGAUCCGUUCCAUCAUCAUGAGGGAGAACUUCAUCCCUACCAUUGUUAACUUCUCUGCUGAAGAAAUCAGCGACUCCAUUCGUGAUAAGAUGAAGAAGAACUACAUGUCUAACCCAAGCUACAACUACGACCAGGUCAACAGGGCGUCUCUGGCUUGUGGACCUAUGGUGAAAUGGGCCAUUGCUCAGCUCAACUAUGCCGACAUGCUGAAGCGUGUGGAGCCUCUGCGUAAUGAACUUCAGAAGCUCGAGGAUGAUGCGACAGACAAUAAGACUAAGGCAGAGGAGGUGGAGCAGAUGAUCAAGGACCUGGAGGCCAGCAUUGCCCGCUACAAGGAGGAGUACGCCGUCCUGAUCUCUGAGGCCCAGGCCAUCAAGGCCGAUCUCGCUGCAGUCGAGGCAAAGGUGAAUCGCAGCACAGCCUUGUUGAAGAGUCUGUCGGCUGAAAGAGAGCGCUGGGAGAAGACCAGCGAGACAUUCAAGAACCAGAUGUCCACCAUUGCAGGGGACUGUCUCCUCUCUGCAGCUUUCAUUAGUUAUGCUGGCUACUUUGAGCAGCAGAUGAGGCAGAACCUGUUUACGACAUGGUCUCAUCACCUACAGCAAGCCAACAUUCAGUUCCGUACAGACAUCGCGAGGACCGAGUAUCUGUCGAAUGCGGAUGAGCGGCUCCGUUGGCAGGCCAACUCCCUCCCAGCUGACGACCUCUGUACUGAAAACGCCAUCAUGCUCAAACGGUUCAACAGGUACCCGCUGAUAAUCGAUCCAUCCGGCCAAGCCACAGAGUUCAUAAUGAAUGAAUACAAGGAACGCAAGAUCACCAGAACCAGCUUCCUGGAUGACUCCUUCAGGAAGAACCUGGAGAGUGCUUUGCGUUUUGGAAACCCUCUGCUGGUCCAGGAUGUGGAAAGCUACGACCCCAUCUUAAACCCAGUGCUAAACAGAGAGGUGCGUAGGACUGGAGGACGUGUCCUCAUCACCCUCGGAGACCAGGACAUUGAUCUCUCCCCUUCAUUUGUCAUCUUCCUCUCCACUCGUGACCCAACGGUUGAAUUCCCACCAGACUUGUGCUCUCGUGUUACCUUUGUCAACUUCACGGUGACACGCAGCAGCCUCCAGAGCCAGUGCCUCAACGAGGUCCUGAAGGCUGAGAGGCCUGACGUGGAUGAGAAACGAUCUGAUCUCCUCAAACUGCAGGGCGAGUUCCAGCUGCGUCUGCGUCAGUUGGAAAAAUCCCUCUUGCAGGCCCUCAACGAGGUCAAGGGUCGCAUCCUCGACGAUGACACCAUCAUCACCACACUGGAGAAUCUGAAGAAGGAGGCGGCUGAGGUGACCAGGAAGGUGGAGGAGACGGAUAUCAUCAUGGCUGAGGUGGAGGCCGUGUCCCAGCAAUACCUGUCCCUGUCGUCCGCCUGCAGCAGCAUCUACUUCACCAUGGAGGCGCUCAACCUGAUGCACUUCCUGUACCAGUACUCUCUUCACUUCUUCUUGGACACAUACCACACAGUUCUGUAUGAGAACCCCAACCUCAAAGGCAUCACCGAUCACUCGCAGAGACUCGCUGUCAUCACCAAGGACCUUUUCCAGGUGGCAUUCAACAGAGUCGCCAGGGGAAUGCUGCACCACGACCACAUCACCUUUGCCAUGCUGCUGGCUAAGAUCAGCCUGAAGGGCAUGACCAGUGAGCCAUCAUAUGAUACAGAAUUCCAGCACUUCCUGCGAGGUAAGGAGAUUGUACUGACAGGAAUGGCACUGCCCAAAGUGAAGGGUCUGACCAACGACCAGUGCGAGGCCAUGGUCCGACUCAGCCGCCUGCCGGCGUUCAAGGACCUGGUGGGCAAAGUUGAGGCUGACGAGCAAUUCUUCAUGUGGAUUGAGAGCAACACUCCAGACCUGGCUGUUCCAUAUCUGUGGUCAGAGGAGAAGCAGUCAACUACCAUUGGUCAGGCCGUGCACCAGCUGUUGCUGAUCCAGGCCUUCCGUCCGGACCGUUUGCUGGCCAUGUCCCACAUCUUCGUCUCCAAGGUGCUGGGAGAAACCUUCAUGAACAUCAUUGAGCAGCCUCUUGAUCUGGCUCAUAUCGUGGACAGUGAGGUGAAGCCCAGCACUCCGGUGCUGAUGUGUUCUGUACCGGGUUACGAUGCCAGCGGGCUGGUCAGAGAUCUGGCUGCUGAGGAGAACAAACAAAUCACCUCCAUUUCUAUCGGGUCGGCUGAAGGUUUCAAUAAGGCUGACAGAGACAUCAACACCGCUGUCAAGUCUGGCAGGUGGGUGAUGCUGGAGAAUGUCCACCUGGCUCCUGGUUGGCUCAUGCAGCUGGAGAAGAAGCUCCACUCUAUGCAGCCUCAUGCCAGCUUCAGACUUUUCCUCACGAUGGAGAUCAACCCCAAGGUACCUGUGAAUCUGCUUCGUGCUGGUCGUAUCUUCGUGUUUGAACCCCCUCCUGGUGUCAAGGCCAACAUGCUGAGGACCUUCAGCAGCAUCCCAGUGGCUCGCAUGUGCAAGGCUCCCAACGAACGUGCUCGUCUCUACUUCCUGCUGGCUUGGUUCCAUGCAGUCAUCCAAGAGCGCCUGCGUUACGCUCCACUCGGUUGGUCCAAGAAAUAUGAGUUUGGAGAGUCGGACCUUCGCUCUGCCUGUGACACCAUCGACACCUGGUUGGAUGACACCGCUAAGGGCCGCCAGAACAUCGCACCAGACAAGAUCCCCUGGGCGGCUCUGAAGACACUGAUGGCCCAGUCCAUCUACGGCGGUCGCGUUGACAACGAGUUUGACCAGCGCCUGCUCAUCACAUUCCUCGAACGCAUCUUCACCAAGGCAAGCUUUGACAGCGAGUUCAAACUGGCUUUCAAGGUUGACGGACACAAGGACAUCAAGAUGCCCGACGGCAUUCGGCGUGAGGAGUUCAUGCACUGGGUGGAGAUGCUUCCUGACACUCAGACUCCGUCAUGGCUGGGGUUGCCUAGCAACGCUGAGAAGGUCUUGCUCACCACUCAGGGAACUGACAUGAUGGGUAAGAUGCUGAAAAUGCAGAUGUUGGAGGAUGAGGAUGACCUUGCCUAUGAGACUGAGAAGAAGGAGCGCGCGUCGUCCACCUCUGACGCCCAGCCGGCCUGGAUGAGGACCCUCCACACCACCGCCUGCAACUGGCUGCAGCUUAUGCCACAGAUGGUUAACCCACUUAAACGCACGGUGGAGAACAUCAAGGAUCCGCUGUUCCGCUUCUUUGAGCGUGAAGUUAAGAUGGGUGGCAAGAUGCUCCAGGAGGUCCGUCAGGAUCUGACUGAUGUGGUACAAGUCUGCCAGGGCAAGAAGAAGCAGACCAACGACCUGCGCACACUCAUUAGUGACCUUGUCAAAGGAAUCCUCCCUCGCAGCUGGUGCCGCUACACAGUCCCAGUCUCCAUGACGGUGAUCCAGUGGGUGGCAGAUUUCAGUGAGCGGAUCAAACAGCUGCAGCAGAUCUCCCAGGCAGCCGCCAGUGGGGGUGCAAAAGAACUCAAGAACAUCCACGUGUGCCUGGGCAGCCUGUUUGUCCCAGAGGCGUACAUUACCGCCACUCGCCAGUAUGUGGCACAAGCCAACAGCUGGUCCCUGGAGGAGCUGUGUCUGGAGGUCAACGCCACCACCGCCCAGGGGGCUGUGCUGGAUGCUUGCAGCUUCGGCAUCAAAGGUCUGAAACUGCAGGGAGCUACCUGUGCCAACAACAAGCUGUCUCUUUCCACGUCCAUCUCCACUGAGCUGCCUCUGACUCAGCUCCGCUGGAUCAAGCAAGGCAACGCAGAAAAGAGACACCAGGUAACUCUGCCCGUGUAUCUUAACUUCACCCGGUCGGACCUCAUCUUCACCGUUGACUUCGACAUCGCCACCAAGGAAGAUCCACACAACUUCUAUGAGCGUGGAGUUGCUAUUCUGUGCACGGAAUAAAUAUAACCAAGUCAUUCCUAGGCUAAAAAGUCUAAAAAAAAAAAAAUCAGUUAAUCACUUUCAUUAUCGUCAAUGUAUUAGUAGUUUUAGCCUGUUGUAUUCCAUGAUGAAAUUGGAUUAGUUAUAACAUGAGCCAUUCAUAGGGGGUUGAGGAAGUGACUUAGAAGGUGAAAAGAAGGUUGUCAGGUGUCGAAUGAAAGGAUGUCAAGUGUUGAAUGAAAGGAAAGUAUGUGGGGAAAAAGGAAAGUUGGAAUUAAAAUGUUAUAAAAGAUGGAUGCUUUUAGUAUGAAUAAAAGUGAUUGGAAUCAACAACAUG